GGCACCAUCUUCCCUCCUAUUCUGUGAGCCUGGGCGAGGGGCAGUCAGCACAUGAGGACAACUCUGUUCCCAUUGUCACCACCUUCCCUUCGCCCCACUCCCUGGCUCUAAGCCUCGCCUCUUGCUUCUGCUUCUCAGGUUCACGCGCGGUCCGUGAUGGCAGGUCCCCUGGAGCAGGCUCUGGCCGUGAUGGUCUUGACCUUCCACAAGUACUCAGCAAAGCAAGGCGACAAAUUCAAACUCAGCAAGGCUGAGCUCAAGGAGCUGCUGAUCAAGGAGCUUCCGAGCUUUGAGAGCAAGCAAAUGGACGACGCUGAAUUCCAGAAGAUCAUGAACGACCUGGAUAUCAACAAGGACAAUGAGGUGGAUUUCCAGGAGUUCGCCAGCUUCUUAGGCUGUGUGGCCAUGGGCUUCAACGAGUUCUUCAAGGAACAUCGCCAGAAGCAGCUGUGUAAGAAGUGACCCCAGACGCCCACGGGGCCGGGAUUCCCAUGCCUUAGCCCCCCCCGUGACCCCCUUGUUUCCAGUGUAGU